AAUUAGUGAAAUGUGAAAAUAUAUUAAAUCUAAAAUUUAAAAUACUACUAAACACUUUUAAAGAACAGAAAGUCAUUUUUCUCUUAUUAUUGUAAUAUUAUGGUAUUAUUAUUUUUUGGCCCCUCAGCUCCCUUUGUUGACCCACUUUAUUUGAAAGAAAAAGGAAAAAAAAGAAAUAAAUGCAAUCCUCAAAACUUUGUUCUUCUGACAAAAUGAAUUAAACAGAAGAAUUCCAUGCAAACCAGAGCUUUACAUAAACCCUUUUGAAUCCAAAUCUCUCUCCGGCGCACGUUGCCUCUCUCUGCCGCCACCACUCUCUCCGUUUUACACGACUCUCUUUUUUUCUGUCCUCAAAUGCAUACCUUCACUUCCAUUACAAAUCCCUUCUUGUCCUUCAUUUCCGUUUCGAAAUCCUCCUCCCAUGGCGGCUUAGCCCCUUUUCCUUCCCUUUUCCACCCAUGAUCCCUAUACCCACCGAAACUUUCUCCUUUUUCUCUUCAAUCUUUCUAUUAUUUCCCUUCACAACCCUCAAAUGGUGAGCGAUACCAAAGACCCACCUCCCAAUUUUCCUCCUCGUGCUCUGAUUGUCGGCAAUUUCUGCCAUGAUAUCCUUAUUCGCGAUGCCCAUGUCGUCACCGAGUCUCUCGGCGGCGCCGCCUCGUUCAUUUCCACGGUCUUUGAAGGCCUAUCGGUUACCUAUCUCACUGUUUCCAAGGUGGGGGAAGAUUUCGCCUAUUCGACUAACCAGAGUCCGAUUGUUGUCGGGAAUUCGAAGACGACGACGUUUCGUGCGUUUUUCGACUCUUCAAUCGCCGGCGAUGGCCAUGGAGAUCGGAUUCUGAAAAGGGUUUCCGCCUGUGCUCCGAUUUUGCCUUCAGAUCUUCCUGAUUUUAGAUUUGAAUUUGGAAUGGCGGUUGGGGUUGGUGGGGAGGUUCUCCCUGAGACGCUUGAACGGAUGAUUGAGAUUUGUGAUGUUGUGUUUGUUGAUAUUCAGUCUUUGAUUCGAGUUUUUGAUGAAAUUGAUGGGACUGUGCAGCAUGUGAAUCUGAAAGAGAGUGGGUUCUUCCAUAUGUUGCCUCGAAUUGGAUUGUUAAAAGCUUCUGCUGAAGAGGCUCCGUUUAUGGAUGUUGAAGAGGUCAAGAAGCUUUGCCCUGUUGUUGUGACGAAUGGGAAAGAAGGGUGUAAGUUAUAUUCGAACGGCGGCGUGUUGCAGAUUGCUCCGUUUACAGCAACUCAGCUCGAUCCCACCGGCGCCGGUGACAGUUUCUUGGGUGGCUUUGCCGCGGGUUUCACGGCUGGAUUGACUGUGCCGGAUGCUGCAUUGCUUGGGAAUUUGUUUGGAUCUCUUACCGUCGCCCAAAUUGGCCUGCCCCAUUUUGAGUCCAGAAUUUUGCAGAGAAUUAAGGACGAGGUAGACAGAAGAAAGCUGCAGUUCAUCGACUCGUUGUCUCCGGGAGAGAACGAGUUGAUCCAUCGGAUGCCAGAAGGACACGAACAGUUCCACAAAUCUCUCGGAACGGUCAGAUCAGAAUGCCAAUUGAAUCUGCCAGCUUCUCACAGAGCAGUGGAGCAAGUGAAUGGGCUAACUUAAAACUAUAAUAACGAGGAGAAAGUAGGAAGCUGCUGAAAUUUUCCUAAUCUCAAUCUCACAAACCAAACAACUUUGUAGUUCCCUUAAUCUUGGAGCUUUGUUGAAAGUUGUAGCUAAACCCAAAUCAUAAAUUUGAUGACUAAUCAAAAGGAAUAUAAAUA